UAGUUGAUCAAUCUUCCAACAGAUGUCACUAAAUUCAAUUUUUUUUUAUUCGUCUGUCAUUUUUAUGAGUUCAGUUGCCUCUAUAGGAGUGCGGCGCGCAUGUAAUACAAGUUCUGUCCAUACGAGCAGAUAGCAAAGUGCGGCGGGAACUAAAUUUUACUGAAUACUCGGCCGGUGUACGGCAACCGCGCUGGGGGUCUGUGUUUUCGCGGCGAUAAUUUCGAAGCACGCGAUGUUCUCAAUAGUAACAUAACAGUGAAUGUGUUAUUUAGUUAUACGAAAUCAACGAACAACGUACACGAUGGCAGCGAGAUAUGCGUCCAGUAGUGUUUUAUUUUUGUGUAUAUUGUACAGUGUCUCCUGUUUCAACUUGGAACCGAGGAUCCCCGUGAUAAAGUACGGAGAGGCCGGCUCAUACUUCGGAUUUUCAGUAGCUGAACACAUAACUUUCAACCAAGACGGAAGUCAAACUAGUUGGUUACUUGUUGGAGCUCCGUUAGAUCAAAAUCUACAACCGAACACAACAAAGUCUGGCGCUUUGUGGAAAUGCAGUCUCAGCCCAGACACGAACGACUGCGAGCAGAUUAUUACAGACGGGAAACGAACGGAGUACGGCACGAUAAAUACGACACUGGAUUCUGAUCAUCUAUCGGGUCCUUAUUCAGACGAGAUCAAGGAAGGCCAAUGGCUCGGCGUGACUGUUCGAAGUCAGGGUCCUGGCAAAAAGGCUGUAGUUUGUGCUCACAGGUACAUUCGAAAGAUUGGACAACUGCAAUUCGGCCAAGGACUGUGUUACACUUUCAAAAACACUCUACAACUACACGAAAUCACUGAACCUUGUAGAGGAAGACCUAUUACUAGAGAACACGAAGAAUAUGGUUUCUGUCAAGUAGGAACAAGCAGUACUCUAUUGGAUGAUGAAACAUUAAUCCUCGGCAGUCCGGGACCGUAUGCCUGGCGAGGAACAAUAUUCGCACAAGAUAUGACCGACGAAAUGUUUGCCCGAGAUAAUGUGGUCUAUAGUGCACCUGUCACUGAUGGUGCUAGUCCUGUCGAGAAAUACAGCUACCUGGGAAUGUCAGUAGCAGGUGGAAUGUUUUUUGGAAACAAGUCCUCUUACGUAGCCGGUGCACCCCGGGCCCAAGGGACUGGUCAAGUUGUAAUUUUCAACAAAAAAGACACCGCUGAUUGGGGCAGAACGGACUUAGAUAUUCUUCGUUUUACACUCAUUCUGAAAGGGGAACAGUUUGGGUCCAGCUUUGGAUAUGAAGUGGCCGUGGCUGAUGUUAAUGGAGAUGGAUUGCCGGAUCUUCUAGUCGGUGCACCAUUUUAUUUUUCACGAGAUGCCGGUGGUGCAGUGUACUUAUAUCUUAAUAAAAAUCAAAACUUAACAAAAAAGUUCGAUUUAAAGUUGACUGGAAAACAAGAAUCACAGUUUGGUAUUUCCAUUGCUAAUGCAUCAGACUUAAACAAAGAUGGUUGUCAAGAUAUAGCAAUCGGUAGUCCUUACGAAGGGAAUGGAGUUGUGUAUAUUUAUAUGGGUAACCGUAGAACUGGUUUGAAUUCAAUACCAGAUCAGGUUAUUUCAGCUGAAAGCUUACCAAUCGUAUUGAAGACAUUUGGCUACUCGCUUUCAGGGGGUAUUGAUUUAGAUGCUAAUGGAUAUCCUGAUUUGUUAGUUGGCGCGUAUGAGAAUAGCAGCGUCGCUUUAAUACGAACGAGACCGAUCAUUGACAUAAAGACGUCAAUACGACCAUCGAAUACUAUAAUUAAUAUCGACCCGACGAAGCAGGGCUGUGAAAGAGAUCCAUCCUCAAAGUAUACAUGUUUCCACUUUCAAGCCUGCUGUACAAUCGAAUCUUUGGUGAAAUCCACAAAAACGAAUGCUCUAAAGUUGAAUUAUGUAAUUGAAGCAGAAACUUUCCUUGGCGGGAAAAGAUAUUCUAGGGUGUUCUUGGAUACAGAAAAGACGAACAUAGUUAAAAAGUCAAUUGUUCUGGACAAAGAAAUCGAAGAUUGCAGAGAACACAUUGUUUACAUAAAAAACAAUACAAGAGAUAUUCAAACCCCAAUAAAGUUCCAAGUGACAUAUAAAUUGGAGAAUGUCGAGCCGCAAUAUUCUCCCUCUGGCACUUUGCCCAACAUCGAUGAUUACCCUGUUCUCAAUGCGACAGCGAUGACAACCUUCAGCGCUCACUUCUUGAACGACUGCGGGACUGAUGCGAUUUGUGUUAGUAAUCUAAUCGUCAAUCCUGUUUUACAAUUACCAAAAACGUCAGAUGGCAAGUCGUACGCGCUCACAUUAGGCCAAGAGGAAGAAAUUAAGCUGUCAAUAACUGUAGACAAUUAUGGGGAGUCAGCAUACGAGAGCCAACUUUUCGUACAACACCAUUCAAGUUUACAUUACAUCGCUGCAAAUAUAAGUGACAAGAACGUGAUAUGUACGAGUGUCAAUAAAACGAUAGUAUCUUGUAUGCUGGAGAAUCCUUUCAAGAAGCAGCCGGAAAGUGCGGCUCCCAUCACAAUGAGGUUCGACGCAAGAGCACUUGAAGACAAUGAGCCUUCAGUAGUGUUCACAGUUUGGGCUAAUUCUACCUCCAAAGAAUUGCACUCUGGGAAGAAGCCGGUUCAAGUCGAAGCCCUUGUAAUUAAGAAUGCUGAAUUACUAAUUAAAGGAGCUGCCCGACCAGAACAAGUUUUCUACGGAGGAGAUAUAAAAGGAGAAUCUGCCAUGACUUACUUCGAUGACGUCGGUACAAGAGUGGUGCAUACUUACCAGGUAUUCAAUGAAGGCCCUUGGCGCGUGUCUUCCGUGCAAGUUGUUAUAUUGUGGCCACAUCAGGUAGCUUCUGAAAACGCACAGGGCAAAUGGCUACUGUAUCCCGAAGAUGUUCCUACCGUCGACGGCGAAGCUGACCAGAGUAAUGGUGAGUGCUUUAUCACAGAAAAAGAGAUUAACCCCUUAAACCUGACGUCCAGACCUGGAACAUUUGAGCCUUAUUUAGAAAACUUGGAGAUAAAUCCAUUCAUGAGUACUGGAAAGAUCAGCGUGAACUCUUAUGAAAAACAACAAAAUCAAAGUAAAGUUGUAGAAUUAUCUACUGCCAAGGAAAAUAAAGUGAGAAGAAAAAGAGAUAGUGACGUAGUUAAAGCCGAAGCAUAUACGGACAAAGAUGGGCAGAGAAAACAUGUGGUUAAUAUGAGCUGCCAAAAGAAGACAGCGAAGUGCAUACAAUUUCAAUGCGUGAUCUAUCGACUAUCUCGGGCUCAGGCCACAACCAUUACUGUGAAGGCUCGACUUUGGAACGCUACACUAGUAGAAGAUUAUCCCCGAAUCAGCCAUGUCAACAUCGCUUCUACUGCGUUCAUACAUAUACCAGAUCACUACAACAUCCAUCAAAGCAAACAACACGAUGAUACCGCCACGGUUGAAACAGUCGCAUAUCCGGAUUUGAAGAUCAGCGAGCCCACAGAAGUUCCUCUUUGGGUCAUCAUUAUAUCAGUAAUUAUUGGACUAAUCGUUCUGAUACUCCUCAUCUUAGCCCUUUGGAAACUGGGCUUCUUCAAGAGAAGUCGUCCUGACCCUACUCUCUCAGGAAACUUGGAGAAAAACCACCACGAAUCCAGUCCGUUCAUAGGAAGAGAUAGAAAUAGCAUUCGAUAGCUAAUACCGUGUGUGUUGAACACAAUUUUCUGUGACAGACAGUGACAGAAGUGUAAAUAGUUAAAUCUUGGACUAGGAAUAUUUAUAUCCCCGACUGUGAUGUUAUCUCUGCGACUAUGUUAUAUCUUCUUUGAGGAGAAUUGUGUGAAUGUGAUUGUUCUAAAAUUAUUUUACGUAUGUUGACAAAAGUACAUGUUUUAUUUUUAAAUGCAUUUUUAGUUUUACGCAUUUUUAUGUUUAUAAUUAUAUAUUAUUAUAUAUAUUUGCAAUUUAUGUAUGUAUAUAUAAAUUUGGUAGAACUAACAAGCCACGGGGCAGUUAAUAUUUCUGGAUUUACAACCGGGCCAAUUUACCGUUCUAUGAAAGAAAUUGACGCGUUUCAGAUCAAUAAAAUUAUUGUCAAUGACUAAUUUCUAAUGUAUUGUGUCUUUUGGUCAUAUCUAUAAACAAAUUUAGAACGAAAUAUAUUUCUUAGUGAAUUGUUUUUUGAACGAUUACCCAUUUCGACUUUUCUCAGUUGUGAAUGUCAUUUAAAUAAAGGUUAGUUUAUUUAUUGCUUAGUGUCAUGAAGGAUUUCACGGUCGAUGUGUAAAGUGAUUACCGGCCCCCUUCACAACUUGAACGAAACCGAUUUUGAGAUAUGAGGUCGAAGUUACAAUUAUUAUACAACUGUCUUCAAGCCAGAAAACUGGGUGUGUCGCAGCCGAAAUAGACACGAAAUGCCCCACAACCGAUGUAAAGAAAUAUGUAUUUAAUUACUUCAUGUGAGAGUAACAGACUGAGUAGUGUUGGUUCUUUAAAUCUAUAUUUUUCUGUAAUGAACCGAAUCUAAAAUAUAUUAGAGACAUUGAAAAAUUCAACAAUAUCUAAAGUGCCAAUUUUAUUAUACAUGCGAAGAUCAGUUUUCUUGCUUUGCAUGCAAAUGUUACAUUUCUUUCUGAACUCAAUCAAAUAAUCAAAAUAUAGCUGAUUAAAAUCAAUAUUUUAGGAAUACUAUUACGUCUUACGUAAAAACGUGUCCAGUCCCGUGGUUUCUUAGUUCAAGGUAAAUAAUUAUUGCCAUAUUAUUUAUGAAUAGUUUAAGCGUAUUAUUAUGACUAGAUUAUUUUGCUAGUCAAGAACCUUAAUAAUAUUUACCGACGUCCGGCUGUACGUAGCGGAGACUCGUAAAUUGUUGAUUUCACAUUUGUUUUUCUAUUUACGUAAGUACUUAAAGAAUUGAAGCACUAUAUUGACAUUACCAAACUAUGUUAUAAGUAGUAUAAUUUUAUACACGACUUUGCUUGUUAACUUCGUAGGUGCCUACUAUUAUUUAAAUGUAAAUUAUUGUAAAUAUACAUGUACUUAAGAAUAAAUUAUCUUUCGUUUGAGGUAUUCAAAAUUUAUACUAAGCGCACUGCCAAGAAGACUUACUACAUAUUUGUACAUGAUAAUAAUAAUAAUAAAAAUGAUCACGUAUUUAAAUUAAAACACUGGUUGUGAUUACUUUACAAUUUUCAACAGUUUAAUGUCUACUUAAAUAGUUCAGUAGAAUUUGAAUAAAUUGUGCCAUUUUGAUAAAA